UAUAUAUUUCAAUUUUUAUUAAUAUUAGUUUUUAGUAUUUAUUUUACGCACUAAUAUAUUUAUUUUUAUAUAAAUUUUUAAUAAUUAUAUUUUAUCUUUACAAGCUUUUAUUUAAUUAAUUUUUUUUAUUAUUUUAAUUAUUAUUUUUUUUAAUCAUACUUGCUAUUAAAAAUUUAAUUAUUAUGUUUUAAGUUUUAAUUUACGCACUUUUUUUAUUUUAUUAUAAAUUAUAUUUAUAAAUAUUUUAAUAUUAUAUAUUACAAUCUUUUUAUUAUAUUUUUUUUUUUCUAGUUC